AUGAAGACGACGUGGAAGGACAUCGCGCCGGUGCCGACGUCGCAGGAGUUUCUCGACAUCGUCCUCUCCCGCACGCAGCGCCGCCUCCCGACUCAGAUCCGUGCUGGCUUCAAAAUCAGUCGAAUUCGCGCAUUUUACAUUCGUAAAGUCAAGUACACCUCAGAGACCUUCGCCGAGAAGUUAUCUGCCAUUCUCGAUGGCUUCCCGCGACUGAACGACAUUCACCCGUUCCACAAGGAUCUGCUCAAUACACUCUACGAUGCAGACCACUUCCGGAUAGCUCUCGGUCAGCUGAACACUGCAAAAGGCCUGAUUGAGACGGUGGCAAGAGACUAUAUUCGGUUGCUGAAAUAUGGACAAUCUCUUUACCAGUGCAAGCAGCUCAAGCGUGCAGGGCUCGGUCGCAUGGCCACCAUUUGCAAGCGCUUGAAGGACCCGCUGGUGUACUUGGAGCAGGUGCGACAGCAUCUUGGCCGUCUCCCAGGUAUCGACCCCAAUACCCGAACUUUGCUCAUUUGCGGGUACCCAAAUGUUGGCAAGUCCUCUUUCCUCAAGAACAUUUCCCGCGCAGAUGUCGAUGUUCAACCCUACGCUUUCACCACGAAAUCUCUGUUCGUGGGCCACUUCGAUUACAAAAUGCUCCGGUUCCAAGCAAUUGACACCCCCGGUAUUUUGGACCACCCUCUGGAAGAGAUGAACACGAUUGAGAUGCAGAGUAUCACAGCAAUUGCUCAUCUUCGAAGUGCCAUCAUGUACUUCAUGGAUCUGAGCGAGCAGUGUGGAUACAGCGUUUCGGCGCAAAUGGCCUUGUUCGAGAGCAUCAAGCCACUAUUCGCAAACAAGCUGGUUUUCAUCGUCAUCAACAAAAUCGAUGUCAUGCGACCAGAAGACCUGGAUGCGGAAACACAAGAGAAGCUGCAAAAACUGCUAAAGAGUACCAACGUGGAACUCCUGCAACUUUCUUGCACAACUACUGAAGGCCUGAUGAACGUUCGCAACGCUGCUUGCGACCGUCUCUUGGCUGAGCGCAACGCACAAAAACUCACGGCUGGGACAAACGCUUCUGGAGAGGUGACUGGAAGACUUGGCGACGUGCUGAGGAGGAUACACGUAGCACAGCCGUUGGGUGGCACGCCAUGGGAGCCCUCGAUCCCAGAAGGUGUGAAGAACAAGAUGCAAUACGACAAGGACGAUCCAAACAGACCAAAGCUCAUGCGCGAUAUUGAAGAAGAGAAUGGAGGUGCUGGUGUUUUCAACAUCAAUCUGAGAGAUAAGUAUUUACUGGAGAAUGACGAGUGGAAGGACGACAAGAUCCCCGAGACACUCGAUGGCAAGAACGUUUACGAUUUCAUCGACCCUGACAUUGAGGCCAAGCUGGCUGCACUGGAGGAGGAAGAGGCUCGAUUGGAUGAGGAGGGCUACUACGAGGAAGAUGAGGAGCUUGAGGAUGCCGAAGAAGCGGACAUCUCUUACAAGGCCGAAUUGAUCAGAGAGAAGCGGCAGUUGAUCAGAAACGAGAACAAGAUGCGGAAAUCGCUCAAGAACAGAGCUGUCAUUCCUCGAUCGAAGAAGGCCGUUACCCUCGAGAAGAUGGAGUCCGCUCUUGAGAAUGCUGGUUACGAUACCUCUGCGAUCUCAGCGCGUGCUCGUUCGCAGUCAAGACCUCGUGGCAGGAGUCGGGCAGGCACCGAGGAUGCCUCGAAUGCCGAUGCAAUGGAAGUUGACGAGACACCCAAGCAACGCCUGUCACGUAGCUUGUCAGUGGCGGCGAAGAGGGAGCAGAGCACGAACAGAAGAGAUGACGGUGUGACCAACGAGACGUCGAGGACCAAGGCUGAUCGUCUGCAGAAGCUUGGCCAGAAGAAGAUGAACCGGAUGGCCAGGCAGGGAGAGGCAGAUCGACAUACAACUGCGGCCAAGUCGAAGUGGCUUUUGGCUGGCAAGAGAGGCAUGGGCAGUACGAGAAGUCGUUAA